CGCUGCCGGACAUUCCCCCCCCCCUCCCCUCCAUCCCUUCGCUCCUCUACCCCCCUCCCGAUGACCGACCAGGUCUGCCGUCGCCUGCGGCCCGGCUGCUCCAUUGAUGAUGCGUACAAGUGGCCCGUGCGCAAUCUCUCCGAGUUGGACAGCCCCUUUGCCCUGCAAGAGUACAUUCAGGAUCUCCUCCGGCAAGAGGAGGUCAAUGUGCAAGCCGCGGUUGUCUGCCCGGAUGAUGUGGACAAGAAUGUCUGGAUCCACGAGCACCUGAGGUAUAUUUGCAUGCAGCUGGAGCUGCUGGCCGCCAAACUGGUGGAUGUCUGCACCCCGGCCACCUGCAAGCAGAUGUUUGCCACACCCAAUGAACUAUACCUGUGUGCGACGCACACCCGGCCGAAGGAGUGCCCCGCUAUUGAUUACAUCAACCAUCUCCUGGAUUCGACGUCGGCCCUGUUUCACAACAACAAGUACUUCCCCUCCCGGGUGACGGUGUCCCAGUCCUCGGCUGAUGCUCACUUCUCCUCUACAUCCCGGCGUCUGUACCGUAUUCUGGCUCACGUUUACUUCAACCAUCCCCAGGAUUUCUGGAACUUCGACCCCGAGGGCGUGCUCCUGCGGCACUUCCAUCUUCUCUCAGUGGAGUACAAGCUCAUCGAUCCGGACAACCUGAUCAUUCCGCUGAACGGGGAUAAGAAGUGAGGGAGACAGAGGAAGUCCUGCUCUCGUCCCUGCGUUGGGUCCGGCUGUGUCUGUCCUCCUCCCCUCUGUCUUCCCUCUCGCCCUCCCUCCCACGACCUCGUAUGAUGCUGAGGGAGCCUAUCCCCCGGUGCUCAAAACACAAACCAUGUCUCCUGCCUUGAAACGACAAUAAAGCAAUCAAAAGUAGA